AUGGAUGUUGGUAUAAAUAAUUACUUAAAUGCUACACCAACAAGCCAUUGUAAUAAUCCUCCCUAUGGUAGGAUUUUUGAUACUGGAAAGCCCAGUGGAAGAUUUAGUGAUGGAGAACUAAUAAGUGACAUAAUUGCAAAAAUGUUGGGAUUGCCAUUUCCAUUACCUUAUUUAGAUCCAACAGCUAAUGGGGACAAUUUGAAAUUUGGCAUAAGUUUUGCAUCAGGAGGAUCUGGACUAUUAAAUUCUACAUCAGAGUUACAAAAUGUUGCAAAAGUUAAUCUUCAAAUAUCUUGGUUUAGAGAAUAUAAGGAUAAGCUUAAAAUAGUUUUGGGCACUGAACAAAAAGCAACCCAAUUUCUUAAUGAUGCUCUUUAUUUUAUUGGAGAGGGAUCAAAUGAUUAUGCUUUCAAGUCAUUAAAUCUAGCAGAAAGUUUAACAAGCAUAGAAGAGUUUAGAAAUAAACUUAUAUCUAAUUAUAAAACUUAUAUAGAGGAUAUUUAUUCAAUUGGUGGGCGAAAGUUUGUAAUCUAUGGUUUAACACCCAUUGGUUGUUCUCCUGGAUUGAUUACUGUUCAUAAUCCUUUAACAAGGAAUUGUGUUGAUUUCUUAAACAAUCAAGCACAAGAAUUUAAUGCAUAUUUAGUCCAGCUAUUGAACAAUAUCACCAAGGAACUACCUGGAUCCCAAUUCAUAUACCUUGAUAAGUAUGCUAUUUUCAUGGAUAUUAUUCAAAAUAAAUUCAAAUAUGGAUUUCAAGUAAUAAACCGAGGUUGCUGUGGAACUGGACUUAUAGAAUUUGGCCAGCUUUGCAACCCACUUGUUGGUGCAUGUGACGAUGGUUCAUUAUAUGUCUAUUUUGAUGCAGCCCAUGGAAGCCUUGCAACAUAUAAUAUAACUGCAACAAAACUUAGAGCUCAGCUUGAAUCUGAAUUUGGAGUUAUGUUUUAACUCAACGCUGUAAGUUUUUAUUUUUAAGUAUGCU